CGAUUUUUCUGGAUUUGAUGAGAGAAUUUGAGAUCAAGAAGACUGGAUUUGCUCCUGACUCCGACCAAAAAGUCACAUUCAAGAUGCCUAUUUCAAUUCAUGAAACUUUUCAAAUAGCAAGAGGCGAGGAUUUCAGACGUUCAUUGAUUAUGAAGCAUGAUCUUCGCGACCAGGUGACGUUUGCAGGUGACAAACUACGUGUACAAUCUGGACAAAUAAAAAAGUUCUUCACCGAGACCUGUGAUAAGAUAGUUGCACAUCUCAGCGAGAUAUUCAAGGAAGGCAAAGUCAAUGGUACAGACACAAUACUUAUGGUUGGAGGUUUCUCUGAAUCUAAGAUGCUUCAAGAGGCGGUAAGAAAUGGAUUCCCUGACAAGAAAAUUAUUGUUCCAGCUGAGGCAGGCCUUGCAGUUCUAAAAGGAGCAGUGAUAUUUGGCCACAGUCCCAAAGCCAUAGCUUCAAGAGUAGCAAGAUAUACAUACGGAAUCGGUGUGUGUGUGCCUUUUCAACAGGGUAUACAUCCUUCUUCAAAGAUGGAAAUCAUAGACGGUGAAGCGCAAUGUACGGACAUCUUCGACAGACAUGUUAAGAUCGGUCAGGAGGUAACAGUUGGUAUGCAGUUUGAUGAGAAAAAUUACAUACCUUCCUCUCGAAACCAACCGUCCGUGAAUGUGAAAGUUUAUACAUCAGACCAGAGAAAACCAAAGUUCAUUGAUGAAAGAGGUUGUAAUCUAUUAGGAAAUAUUGUGGUUGAUGUAUCACAAAUCCGAGCGUAUGAAGACCGAGUGUUUGUGGUCAAGAUGAUAUAUGGGGAUACAGAGCUAGGUUUGGAAGCAACUGUUCUGAAAACCGGACAAUUGUUAAAUGCUUCGUUCGAUUUUCUCGGAUGAUAAGCGUCAAAGAAACCGAAUAGGUUUUCAGAAUGAGCAUAUGUAUAUAAUUAUGUGUGACAUUUUUGAUAGAUAGAAUAGAAUAAUUUCAUCUUGCAUUUUUUGCUUGAUAAAUAAAUUGGUUAAAGAACAUGUUUGGCCAUUUUCUUGCUGAUUUGUAAUCGGUUGAAAUAUGAUGAUGUGUAUCAAUUCAAUAAAAGAUAUACAUUAAUAUUCUGCUACGUUUUCAAAAGAGCUUUAAUGUUUACGGAUGUGUAUUAAUCAGGUUCAUUACAUAUACAUUGUAUGUGCUAUUCAUUGUAAUUUUGUGUAUGUUAAAGUUAGAUUUUGGAUUUUCCGUUAAAAAUGUUGAUAACAUAUAUAUUGCUAUUUUAUUACAUUGACUAGACGGCAAUCAUGUGAUAAAGUUAUGUUUGAUAGUGUAAACAGUGGGAUGUAUAUCGAUUAGUCUAUCAUCAUGUUUAAAAAAGUCAUAUCUUGUUGAAACGUUUUUAUCAGUGCGAUUCAAAACAAGCCAUUGUUCAAAGUGGGGUUUUCAUUAUCUAAAAAAUUAUAUUAUUAGAUAAAUGCAAACGUAUGAAUAAAAUAAUGUAUAUUUUUCUAAAAAGGUUAUAUGCCAUAACAUCUCACCAGUGAGAUUUUCGGGAACAGGGACCUUAGGAAUAUGAUUUAUCUUCGUUGUUAUUUGUGUUAAAUCAUCUUAUGCCGUCCUUUUCGAAACUAAUAUUCAACUUUCCUUGGUAUGAAUAUUGACGCCGGAAGAAUGUAAUUAAAAGUUGUGCUAUU